UGCUCAACAAUCGUAUGGGGCAAGAUGUCCCACUUGGCCUCACAUGUGGACUUGAAACAUUUACUUUUUCUCCUUUGUUCAUGAUUCGAGUCACUACCAUAUUCUUCGGGGUAAAGGAUAGACUGAAGGCGGUUAAUCUAUUGAACCUAGGCAAUCUGAAAGAUGAAUUUUCUGUGAUGACAGCAAGCCAUCUUCCCUACAACCGCAAUGGAUUUAAGUUCUUUACUGAUGCUGGUGGGUUAGGGAAAGCAGAUAUCAAAGACAUAUUGGAACAUGCAGCUGAUAUUCACACAAACUUCACAGAUGAGAGUCUAAGGGACUCGGAAAAAAAAGCCGCAAAAUCUGUAAAAAGAGUAGAUUAUAUGUCUGUUUAUACAUCUGAUCUGGUGGCAGCCGUUAGGAAAGCUGCAGGGAAUAAAGAGAAGCCACUGGAGGGAUUCCAUAUAGUUGUUGACGCAGGGAAUGGAGCAGGAGGGUUCUUUGCUGGAAAGGUGCUCGAGCCUUUAGGAGCUAAAACCUCUGGAAGUCAAUUCCUAGAGCCGGACGGUCAUUUUCCCAAUCAUAUUCCUAACCCGGAAGACAAGGAAGCCAUGACAGCUAUCACUCGAGCCGUGCUCGACAACAAGGCAGAUAUGGGCAUCAUCUUUGAUACUGAUGUUGAUAGAUCUGCUGCUGUUGACUCUACUGGGCGUGAGUUAAACAGGAAUCGUUUGAUAGCUCUUAUGUCUGCUAUUGUCUUAGAGGAGCACCCUGGGACUACUAUAGUCACAGACAGUGUGACAUCUGAUGGUUUGACUACAUUUAUUGAGAAGAAGCUGGGUGGAAGGCAUCAUAGGUUCAAAAGAGGCUACAAAAAUGUGAUUGAUGAAGCUAUUCGUUUGAACUCUGUUGGGGAGGAAUCAUACUUGGCCAUUGAAACCAGCGGCCACGGAGCUUUGAAGGAAAACCACUGGCUUGAUGAUGGCGCAUAUCUGAUGGUCAAGCUUUUAAACAAACUGGCAUCAGCGAAGGCUUCUGGGGUCGGUCAAGGCAGCAAGGUUCUGACUGAUAUGGUGGAUGAUCUAGAGGAACCAGGUUUUGCUGUUGAACUAAGGCUUAAAAUAGACCAAAAUCAUGCAGAUCUUAAAGGAGGAUCUUUCCGCGAUUAUGGAGAAGCUGUGCUGCAGUAUUUGACCAACGUCGUAGAUUCAGAUCCAAAACUUGCAAAAGCGCCUGUUAACUACGAAGGAGUAAGGGUGUCGGGCUAUGGAGGAUGGUUCCUUUUGAGACUCUCGCUUCACGACCCUGUUUUGCCCCUCAACAUCGAGGCACCAAGCAAAGAAGAAGCUAUGAAGCUAGGUCUUGCUGUUCUUUCUGCUGUUAGAGAGUUUCAUGCACUGGAUACUUCUGCUUUGGAUAAAUUUAUUUCCUAGUUGUGUUUUGUCUGUAACUAAAGGCUUCUGGACAUCUCUUUUACGAUUGUUGUAGAAUGAGUGGCAAUAUCUUUGCUUUGCAGAUAAAGAUGUCAAUAUUACCUGUUUUGAAUGGAGAGUGUUCUACAUUAUAAAUUUUGCUGCUUACUUUUAUCCAACCCUUAUAGUAAAUAAUAUUGAG